AUGAGAUCAUUGCUGUAUUUACUUUUUGUUCUCAGUAUUAGCUAUUGUUAGUUGCACUUCAAUGUGUCAGCAUUGGUUGAAUGAGAAGCAUCGGUGUUAUUCAUUGAGAAUGCUGACAUUUUCAAGUGAAUGUAGUUCGAAAGCUUGGCCAACUUUCGUUUGUUAGCCAAAAUUUGAGUAUAACGUUGAUGAUUUCAUUUCAGUUUGUUCAUAUUGCCCGCUGUACAACGGCGUUGCUCUUGAAAAUUCAGUGAAAUUCAAUAUUUAUUUCAACAGUAAUUAUUUGUUGAUCAAGAUAGUGAUCAGUAACUACGUGAAUUUGUGAUUGAUUUGUGAAAGCUAGUGGUUAUUUCAGUCGCUAUUUUCUACUAAUAGUGAUCAUAUCAGUUCUAGUAGUGUUAUCUAGUGUAUCUAAAGUGUGAGGGCGGAGAUUUUUCUGAACAUUUACGUGUAAAUUUCUGUGAAUUAAUUGAAAUUGAAUUAAGAAAACUAAAACUCAAAAUCUCGUUGAUACUCGACAAGAAAUUUCAAAUAAGAUAGACCUAUAUAGCUAUCGAAUAGCAAAAACAAUUCCACCUGAAUUCCACAAAAAAAGAAAAGGUUGUUAACGCAAGUUUUCAUACGAAUUCAGACUAGAUGAGCUCAGAUACUGGAAUCUAUGAGAAUGUGUGGAUCAGACCUAGAGAAGGGAUGUCGAGUUUACGGCAAACGAAUAUGUCGAGUCAUACCACGCAUACAACAACAAAUCAUCAUUUAUCGAAUCAUGAUGACAACAAUCUAGACUCACUACUGGAGGACCUUCAGACGAGCGUCUCGCGUCCAGGCUCGUCAGCUGGUCACCACUUGGUGCAACACCAGGGCGGUGUCGGUGGUGGACCAGUGACCACGGGCUACCGUGAGGUGUCCCGCAGUGUCACCACUCACGGUGUGAACGGACCUUCCAACUCGACCGAGUACCACAUCGAGUACCUCAACCCCGCCAACUCCACCACUGUGGUGUCCGAGCGCUCUGUCAGUCCUGGUUUCGAUAUUUUGAAUAGUUCUACUGACCUUGCUCCAGGAACUAAGAAGAUAGCUCAGUACAAAGUCCAAUCUUAUCAAUACAAGACUGUUGGAGGACAGAACUACCAAGAUGGUAGUAGUGGUAGCAUGAAGGAGAAUAUCAAUGAGUUGGACACUCUUCUUGACGACUUGAACACAGCUCAGAAAACUGGAUUUGCUGCAGGAAAUGGAAUUAUUUCGAAGAAAUCAACCGGAUUAAACUCAAGUUUCAUGGAACCACUAGAAACAUCGACGCCGAACAAAGGUGGUCACGUGUCUCGUUCGGUCGAGAAGAAAGUGUUUCAGGAGCACCGCUACGGCAGUGUGGGUCGGCAGAGUCCCGCGCGCGAAAUCAAACAUGAGAAGGUGGUUCACGAGUCUUCCCCUCUGCACCAGCGCAAAGAGACCUACAGAUAUGAGACCAAGACUACCAGAUCAGGUGGUAACAUGAGAGAAGCGUCUCCUCCCUCACCCCCUGCUAUCCGCUCUUCCCCCUCCCCCUCUCGGCCCCAGCAGCAAGUGCGCUCCUACAAUUACACGAGUGCAACCGAGCACGACGCUCCAAGGACUCCCUCGGCGUUCAGGAGGGCUACCUCGCCCUCUCACAGGUCCCCCUCACCAGCCGGAAAAUCGACGGUGAAAAGCUACAACUACACCAGCAGCAGCACAUCGAAGUACACCGACACACAACCGCCCUACCGCUCACCAUCCCCGACUUCGCGCACUAGCAGCACUGCGCGUGCGCACACCUACGAUCAGAACAGGGCACCCUCCUCCCCCACCCCUCAGCCAAAGCACACCACUGUGCACUCAUACAACUAUUCGUCCACUAGCACGUCCAAGGACACUAGGUAUCCGGCAGUCGACCCUAGUCGCACACUCAACUAUCAGGUUUCACCCCACCAGCCAACCGUGAUCACGUACAAGUACUCGAGCCACUCCACCCAGAGCACCAACUACCCGGGAGAGGACCACGUACCGCUUUUGCCCCGCCCCUUCCCCACCUCGCCCUCACCCACCCCCGAGGAGCAGCGACCGCCCAAGAAGCUCGACGAACUGAUGGCCUCCUUCUCCGAUUCGGAAACCCAUCAGCAUAGCAGCCUUCGCCACCGUGACGUCAGCAGCACUCGCUACACGCACCAGGCGCCGCAGACCCCCCAACCCCCGAAACCCCCUACUCCUCCUUCACCACCAGUGGCAGAGCCCAAGGCGAUCAGAGUCAAUCAACAGAACAGCAUCGAAAAGUCCAACAACAUCUCCGGCCCGCCUGUCUACUACCCGCCUGGUGUGGAACUGUUCUCCAAGAAGGAGGAAAUGAUGCAACAAAGCGAAGGAGGAAUGAUGAAGUCAAAAGCGAAAGCAUCUUAUGAAUACGAAUCAAAGAGCAAAAGUAAAGUGAAGGAGAGCUCUGGCAAAGCAGUGGUUCCAGUGUGUUUACCAGUCUGCUGUGCAAUGCCCUGUGUUAUUAUGUAGAUUUUAUUCAAGAUAUAUUGAAAGUUAUCCAAUGCUCAGAACAAAACCCAACCAACCAAACUUCUCAUUGAUCAAUUAAUUUUAUUGAUGCUUUUCUCAAGUACAGCAAGUAACUAGUGAAGAGAAAUCUAUUAUUCCAAGCUGAGCUGAUGGAAUUCGAUUCCAUUCAGGUGUAAAAUUCAGUUCAGGUAUGAGUAAAUCCUGAAAUUGUUGGAAAAAUCGAUGGUUUAUGAGAACUGAAAGUGUCUAGCCGCCUUAGGGUAUGAACUGAACGGUCAGGUCGUGAUGAAGAUUUCAGCCUGCUAGCGUUCUUCUGUAUUCAGAGUUACUACAAACGAUUCCUUGGAUUUAAAUAAUGCAUAAUACACAAUAAAGUAGAUAAUCAAAAUGAAUAAUCAUGUAAAGAGAAAAUCAAAAAGUUUAAUUUGUAAUACAUAUAUUAUUAUCAUCAUCCCCUAUUGAAUAGGCAGACAAGACGCGCAGCCACCAAGGCAACGAGGUCACACAUUCAGCCAGGCAGACAGUCGCUCACUCCGUCACCAGGCAUUAAAAACUUCAAAACUUGGACAGCAACGUUUUGACUGCAAGUCUCAAAAAAUGCCCAGUGACAGUGGGUGACUGCCUACCCGUCUCACUGUGUGACGUGGUUACAUAGCUGGCUGCGGGUCCUGGAUGCCUAGUCUAAUAGUGACCAAAUGUUUUUCUAAGGAUUUUUUCUCCCUAUUGGUAAAAAAAUUAUUCAUUUCGAGCACUUUGGAUAUUAUUAAUUUUCAAAAUUCGAUGAAUCUAUUUUAGUAUCUACAUAUCAAUGACUCAAUUUUUUUAUCAUUGCACACUGUAUCUAUUAUCCAUAGAGAAAACUUUGUUGAGAGUUGAAACAGAUUAGAUAAAAAUGAUUUAUGUUGUGACCAAGGUGUCAACGUCACAUAAUUCAUUUUAAAAUUUUAAUAUUCCCUAGAUAGUUGAAACUCACGUCUUCAACUUGUAUCUUUAGUACAAGUAUCGUUCUUAUUGUAUUAUUGCAUGGUCUAAUAGGCAAUAACAAAUUUAUAUACAACAUUUUGUAAUAUUCUCAAUCAAAUACUAUUGAAUGACGUGAUUUUUAAAAUAAAAAACAUCAAUACACUAGAGCUACAUGAUAUUGAUAUUGUAUUAUUAUACUUCAUUUAGUAUUAUUUUAUUUUGUUGUGAAAUUGUUUGUCAUAUCUGAGCACUGAAAACAAGGCUCUGCAGUUCAUCAUAAUAAACCAAGGUGUGUAUUGCAGAUUCAUUAUAAUGAACUAUGCACUGAAAAUAUUCAUUUUAAUAUUUAGAGAGAGAUCUCUUUCAAGGAAACAUGGAAUGAAUACUAAGGCUUUUUAAAAAUCAAUUAAUUUAUUUACACCAGCCAACAUUCAAAAGUUCAUUUUUAAUAUAUUUAAAAAUAUACAAUUUACAUAUUUGAUAAUUGGUAACUAUUAAAAUAAUUAUUAAGCAUAGUGAUUUUCAACUGAAUCAUAAUAUUCAAAUAGACUACAUCACAGUUCCAAAUAUAUAAGGAUCUAUAAGGAUCUAAGGAUCUAUAUCAUACAAAGUGAAUGUAAUAAAAAUACAAUAAUGUAUAUGCAUUGAGUGAGAUUGGAGGUCAUUAAUAAUGUAGGCUACUUUCAGCUAAACAUUUGAAUGAUAAGUAUUUUCUACAGUAUAAGUAUUUAUAUGAAGAAAUUACAUGUGUAAGUAUAAUAAAUAAUUAUUGCUUAACAAUGACAUAACAAUCGCUUUUGGUAUAUUUUUAAUGAUAGUCACCAUUCAUCAUCACAGAUUACAUAUCACAUACAGAUUACAAAAAUGAUACAUUUAUUUCAUAAAUCAAAUUAACAAGAUUUUAUUUUUAUGAAGUUCAGGGCUUUUGCAUAGCAAUAUUUAGGCUGCACAAUUUGGAGAAAAGUAUAAAAAAAUCUAUCAAGAUUGUAAAUUACAACACAAAGAGUAAAGUUUAAAACUUUUAUUAUUAUUUUUGUAACAUUGAAAAAUCAUAAUAGAUUAUUGUCAAAAUUCCAUUCAUAAGUGGAAGUGCCAUGAAUUAACAAUAGUUUACAAACGAUGAUAAGUUACCAUGUAUAUUCUGAUUUUAACAUAGUUAUAUGGUCUAUAUUAUAUAUAUAAUAACAGUUAAUCAUUUGAAAAUAAAUAUAUUUUUACAAACAGA